AUGUUACCAAAGAAAAAGCGUUGGAUGGCGGCUGCACAUACUUCCUCCACAAAUCUAAUUUCCUCUUCUUCUACAGUGACUACCAUUUCAAAUAUUGGUUCAAAAAAGCUCUGCUGUGAUACACCUAUGCAAACAGUUGGGUCAGUUUCUAGAUCACUACCAAAUUCAGUAGCUUCUACUCAACUUCCGGUUAGAUCCUUAGCAACUGGGAAUUUACUAUCCACUGGAGAUCCAUAUAGUUUGUCUAUGCUCCAACAACAAUCUCUCACAAAUCGGUCAAUAUCUAAUAUGACUACCGAGUAUUUACACAGUGAUCAUAAAUCACAACUAGUUACAUCUAGACAAUCUAGUCAUCCUGUUAAGUCUGCUUUACCUGGACGUCGAAAUGAUGUGAAUUCAAACUUGAUGACAACAAUUUCUCACUAUCCUACGGAACUAUUGGAACAACAGCAACAACAACAACCUGGAUUACUUCUUCAGGUAUUGCCACAGGAAUAUCUAGCAAAUUAUGCUCAGAAUUUGGCUAAGCUUAAUGUUAAUAAAAAUUCUGGAGAUUUAGUGCAUCUUCCUUCUAAUGACUGUUCUAUUGGAUCUAAAAUAAGCAAGAUGGACACAUUAUCUUCUGUACAGAAUACUGGAUAUUCCCAAGGUUUAUUACAUCAACCUGAUACUCAGGGACGUCAGACCCAUAUAUCUACUCAUAAUAAUUCACCAAAUCUACCACUCAGGAUAAAAAGCCCAGAUAAUUCGAAGACUCAGAGGACAUCUCAGUCACUUAGGUCUAGUCCUAUGCUUAAUUCACCUGUGUUCCAAUAUCCAGCUCCUAACAACUCACAGAGAUUUUCUCCUCCUCCACACCCACCUCCUAGACGUUUAAGUGGUUCUAGCGAACAAACAAGACAUAAUAAACCUUUGACACAAAGCCAUCAAUUGCCGAGUGGAUUUGAUUUACCAACAAUAUCUGCUGUAGCUAGAGCAGCCAGUAUGUUAUCCCCUUCUCAACUUGAAGCUGCAGCUGUAUUACUUUCCCAGUGGGAUAAUGUUAACCAGUUAGCAUUAUUAGCUAAUAAUUCCUCGUAUAGAAAUCUAUGCAACAUUGUUGAUUCUUCUGGAAAUAAACAACCGGUCAACUCAAGUCAUAGUUUUUCUCCACCGGUUUCUUCUGAACCAAAUCCUGUUACUAGUGGUGGUUACAUUGAAAAUCAUGUCCACAUCACAAAUAGAAACGGGACUGGAACCGAUUGUAAAUCACGAAGAGUUAAUGAUUUGUCAUUGACCAAUACUAGGACAAUCCCAUCCGUUUCAACAGGAACAAUGUCUGAUAUAAGACAUCCUAGUAUGAAAAAUAGUCUUUCUUUACCAAGAUCAAUGGAUCAGUUGACAAAUCGUUUGAAUUCACGUUCUUCAACUCCUGGAAAUGAACCGAUGAACAAAUACGAUCAUAUGUGUUGUCCACCUUGGUCAAAAACUGAUCAAAGGACUUACUCAACAGAUUCUUCCCAUUCUUAUAAAUUACAACCUAGUCCAUAUGAUCAUACAGUUGAAUUAGCCGAUUCAAGACUGGCUAUACUACACGAUGCAAAAUUAGCAUCUUUAAGUGUAGAUUGGCCUUCUUGUACAAUGACUCAAAAUAUACCUAUGAGUAAAGCAAAUCGAAUUAGAUCUUCAAGUUCUUUCUCGUCACCAGUAUGCUUGGUAUCGACUUCUUUUUCCAAUAUAACUUCUGAAUCUUCAUUUUCUACAAACCAAUCACAUACCAAAGCAGCAACAACCAGUUCAUCCUCGUCAUUAUCAUCUGUUUCAUUUGUUACUUCUGAAUCUAUUGUUAGAAGUCCAACUUCCGGUCAUUGUAGUCCUAAUAUUCCUGUGAAUUUCAAUCCGAAAGGACCCACCCUACAGACUGAAUCGCCCAUUUCAUCUUGUCAGACAAUCAAAUCUUCAUCUCCAAAUGCCGGAAUAACUAGAAUUCUCAACUCUAGCCAGUCACAAUUCUCAGCGCUUUCUGGAGGAAAAUCUCCAACUAUUUAUUCUUUAUGUGGACAAUUUUUAUCUACGAAUACAAAUUCAACUAAUCAUAAUGAUACCAUUGAAUGGUCUAAUAACGUAGAAAGUAAUCGAAUUAAUAACUGCCUAGGAAAGCGAUCUAUGCUACUUGAACAAUAUAAACAACAUCCCUUAGUAGGUACACCAAGUGUAAUGCCAACUUUGUUGCCUCAACCUAAACAAGAGUAUACACGAACAAAGUUUUCUGUUGUUACUAAUAUAUCAGAUCAUCGAUCGCAAAACACUUCAAUGCCACUGAAAAAACGACUUAUUCAACGUUAUGAAGCUGAUCGUGUAGAUAUGAAACCAUCGGAGUUAUCAACAUGUAACCUUGUUAAGACUGAACUACCUAUGGAUAAUUCUCAACCUCAUAAUAGAUCAACUAAUGCAGAUGAUUUAAAAAACAAUCAAUAUUCGCCUGAAAGCCGGAUCGCAAUGAAAGAUAAUAUAGAAAAAUUAGAUUGUCAAGAGAGAAAAUUUAAACGAAAAAAACGUACUAAAUAUGAAACAGAUGGAAUGUUAAGCCUAAACACAAACAAAAAUAAGCCAACUAAAAUCCGUACAAAAUCAUUAAGUUCUUUAAGAAAAUCUAAUUCAAAAAGUACACGUCGAUUAAAACAUUCAUUGAAUGAUGAUGUAGAAUCGAAAUUGAGUAUGAAUGAACAAUUGUCAACCAUAAAAUUAGAAUUCAAUGAUAUCACUAAUGACGAUGAGGAUGAUGAUGUCAUUGUUAAUGAUAAUAAUGAUGAAGAAGUAAGAGAAGAGCAAGAGGAGAACAAUGAUGAUGAUAAUGAGGUUGAUGAUGAAAGAAUUAAACCGACAAUUAGAAGACGACGUUCAAGGAAGCAUAGCUCAAGUGCAAAUAGUACAUCAAGUUUAUCACAUACAUCAUUAUGUAGUGAUUUAAUUAGAGGUAAUGUAAAAAAACGUAUAGCUGCUGUUAAUGGUAAUCUUAUGAUGAUGGUUACGGCACACGCUCAAAGAAGCACUAGUUCAGGUAGUAAUAACAGUAAUAGUAGUAGUCCUUCUAGUUUACAAAGUGUUGACGGUGAAGUCAGUGAUGAUGAUAAUGAUGUAUGUUUGAAUUCUUCAUCAAACUCAUCUGUUAAUACUACGCCUUCAAAAUGUUCCACUGAUCGUCACUUAUCUUAUUCAAGACUACAAUCAUAUAAAUCUACUUUAAAAUAUUUAACAAUAAAUUCUAAUACCAUCACUAAUAAUAAUAGCCAAUCAUUAAAUUCAAGUGAUGGAUCACCUGGUAUUACACAUUCAUCCAUGGAUAGUGCACAGAGUGUCUAUGGUGUUGGUAAUGGUGAUAAUUUAAGGAAACCGAAAAGAACAGCUACUUUAACUGUAUCAUCUAGUAGUACAACUGGACCGACAAUUAUAACAGCAAAAAAGCCUCGUCUGUCAUCUGCAUCAUCGUUAACAACCACGAAGACAACGAUAAUGACAACGACAGGAAAACCAAUAAAAACGUCAUCGAAACAACAUCGACGUGUUGAUAACGGCAAGUCAAGAACUACCAUUCAUAAAGAGGACGGUAAUGAUUCAACAGUAUGUAUGAAAUUUAAGACAGAUUUAUUAGAUCAAGAUGGUUGUACAUUGAUGUAUGAAAAUUCUACGCCAGAUGAAUUGUCAGCUGCUUUAGCUGAAGAAAAUUUGCAAGUUGAAGAACUGGUUGAACAACUUCCUGGGCCACCUGAUUUGAAUCGAACAGCCAAUAAAUCACUACACUCUUCACAUUCAUUAAAUUUUUAUAAGCGAAGUCAACGUGUUUUUGUUCAACUUAUAAAUUGUAAUGAUCCAGGAUUGAAACAAGUUCCGAAAUGUCGUGCUUGUCGUCAAACUAAAUUUUCCUACCAUAAUUCACCUUUAAUUCAUACAAACGGACAAAUCGAUUCAGAUGAUGAUGAUGUUGAUGAAGAGAAUCCGAAACUUAUAAUCAGUGAUGUCCCUAGUCCAACCAAUAAUCAAAAUUUUUCGAAUGGAUUGACUAAAGAUAUUCAAUUUAAAAAACCACCUGGUCGAAGAACUACUUUGGCUAAAAAUACCCGUAAAGAAAGUACCACUGAUAAAUCGAAAAAUAAACGAAACGCUACACAUCCAUCAAUGUCAGUAUUCUGUCGUUUUUGGGGAUUUAGAAAAUUAUGUUAUAAUCAUAGAGGUGUAUUGAAAAUAGCUGAUUUUUGUCGAUCCACUGAAUCCGAUGCUUUAGAACGUUCAUUAUGGGAAAUGUAUCAUCCAGUCUCACCAUUUUUAAGCACAUGCGCUGCUAAAUACAUUUUGGAAUGUGCUGGUGGCUUAUUCUGUCGUCUUCUUCAUCAAGAAUUAACAAGUUUGAAUAAUAACCAUGCUCAUCAAAGUCAAAAUGAAAAAAUCAACUCAUUAACUGGUAAAAACAGAAUUAGUGGUCAUACAAUGGAAUCAAAUAACAAAAAUGAUGGCAUUAUUAAUUCAGUUGCAUGGAAAAGGCCAGUAAAAGGUGUACGUGAAAUGUGUGAUGUCUGUGAAACAACAAUGUUCAAUACACACUGGGUUUGUGGUAAAUGUGGUUAUUCAGUGUGUACAGAUUGUUUGAACGAAUCGAAACCAUUCAAUUCUGUAUGUGACAGCAAUUCGGAUACACGUGAUCAUGUGAAAUUCAAUGAAAAUAGUACAGUGGAAAAAAAAGGCAAAUUAAAAUACUUAAGAGGUCGUGGUUGCCCAUAUGGUUGGGCAUCGUGUACUACUACACGUCAACCUCAUGAUCCAAACAAGCUGUUAUUGACUUCUCUGUUACCGUCUGGUAUUAUUGGUCGAUUACUUCAUCGAUUGCAUCGCAUAGCGAACUAUUAUAAAAUUAAUUUAGGCUGUAAUUGCUCUCCUUCCUCAACAGUGGGUAAUGAUGCAACAGAUUCAUCAAAUGAUACAUUAUUAUUCAUGAAACCAAUGAAAUCAUUGAAUAAUCGUGAAUGUUUAGAUCGUAAUUCUCUUGAUUUACUAGCUGAUAUUGCUUUGAAAACUGAUAUGGGGAACACUGGACCACUUACUGCUGGUAAUAGUAAUAACAGUAGUAACGGUACUGUAGAUAAUGUUGUUGUGGAAACAGAAUUUAAUGCUUCACGUAAUAAUCCUUCUUCUAUAACAACAGAUAAUGGGAUCAGUUUAUCAGACAACAACAAUAAUAACGAACGUAUGAUGAUAAUGAUGGAUUUUCCAUCUCAUAGUUGGAUUCAUUCCAAACGAAGGCAUAUUAAUCAAAGGUCCUGUUGUCAAAAAAUGAAUGAUUCAACUAACAUCACUAAUACAUGUACUAUCACUGUUAAACAUAAAACGAAGCAUAAUGAUAAUCAUGGAUUUGAUUUUCACAGAGAAUCAAAUUUGAAAAUUUAUCAACCUUCAGAAAUAAUCAAUCGUCAUCAUCAUCACAAUCCCGUUUUCUUACGUUUACAUUGUCCUGAUUCCAUUGGAAAUUUAUUGGCGUUCCAAUCCGAAUGGAGACGUAAUCAUCCGCUUGUUAUAUCUGGAUGUCAACGUAAAUUUACCCAAGAAUUAUGGACUCCACAAAGUUUUUCAAAUGAUUUUGGUGAUAUGAAAACCACAUUAAUUGAUUGUGCCACGGGUGCUGAAAUAACACGUUAUACGUUAAAGUCAUUUUGGGAUGGUUUCGAAAAACGUGAACGUCGAAUCACUAGUAAAGAUGGCCGUCCACUUUGUUUAAAGCUGAAAGAUUGGCCAACUACAGAUGAUUUUGCUGAAUUACAACCGAACCGUUUCAAUGAUCUAAUGUUAAAUCUACCAAUGCCAAAUUAUACACAACGUGAUGGACAAUUGAAUUUAGCUGCUAGAUUAUCAUCAUUUUUCGUAUGUCCCGAUCUAGGUCCAAAAUUAUAUGUGGCUUAUGGAACAGUCGGUUCUUGUUCUGUUAGUACAACAAAUUUGCACGUAGAUAUAGCUGAUGCCGUAAAUGUUAUGUUGUAUGUGGGACAACCGACAGAUUCAUUGAAUGAAAUGUUAACUAAUGCUGAAUCAAUUGUGAACACAUUAACAAGUGCACAUAUUGAUGAUAAUUAUUUAGAAAGAGUUUUAAAUUGGUUGAAUAAAAUUAAAUCACACCAAAAUGAUGCACAUGCUAAUGACAAUAAUAAUAAUACUAACAGUAACAAUAUUACUACUACUACUACUACUACUACUACUACUCCCACUACUUUUAUUUCUACUACUCAUGAAACUAACUCUGAAGAUAUCCCAGGAGCAUUGUGGCAUAUAUUUCUACCGGAAGAUUCAAAUGGUUUAAGAGAAUUUUUAUCAAGAGUAAGUGAAAGUGAAACUGGUACACCAGUGGAAUCAGGCAGUGAUCCAAUACAUGAUCAAUUAUUUUACAUGGAUCAAUCAUUAUUAGAUCGUUUAUAUGAUUGUAUGGGCAUUCAACCAUGUACGAUUGUACAAUUUCAUGGUGAUGCUGUAUUCAUUCCAGCUGGUGCUGCUCAUCAGGUGCGAAAUUUAAAUAGUUGUAUCAAAGCGGCUGUAGAUUUUGUCUCACCGGAACAUUUACCUCAAUGUUUUCAAUUAAUGGAAGAAUUUCGUCAGCUAUCACCGACACAUCAAAAUCACGAAGAUAAAUUGCAAAUUAAAAAUAUGUUAUUCCAUGGAAUAAAAGAUGCUUUAUCUGUCCUAUUGACAAGUAAUAAUAAUAAUAAUAAUAAUAAUAAUAAUAAUAAUAAUAGUAAUAAUAAUAAUAACAGUGAUAAUAAUAACAGCAACAAUAAUCAAAGUUUGGUCAACCUUAAAUCAGAAUUGAAUUCAGAGUUGAGAUCUCAUGCACACGAUAGACCAUUUUCAUCAACAUCGUCUACAUCAGCGAUUAUACUUCAUAAUGAUAAUCGAACUGUGUCAAAUAAUUCAGUCGUAAAAUCAGAUUCAAGAUCAGAGUCUUCACUUCAUUAUAAUUUACAAAAUUAUCAUGUCACAAAUUCUGCAAAGUCAAUGAAUACAAACAGAGGUGGUCGAACUAGAGGUAGACCUGGGCGACCAAAAGCAAUUGGUUUAACUAAUCAUGAAAAUAUUAACCUAUCAUCUAGUUCCCCACCGCCAUCGUCGUCGAUCCCAUCGUCGAAUCCGAUGUUGAAUUCGAAUACAUUUCCGGUUGUACCUGUCCUUAGUGUAAAUACUGUUGUUCCCGGUAGUGGUGAUUAUAUCAGCGAUAAUGAUUCAACGAAUAAUUCUGGUAAAUUUCCAAAUUCGUUUAAAAUUUCUUCUAGAGAUUCACUUUCUGCGAUAUCUUCAUCAUCAUUAAUGUUCUCUUCAGAUAUAAUUAAAGAUGUUAAACCGAAUCUUAUUAUUACUACUGUUGCUACUAGUAGUACUAGUAUUAGCAAUACUACUACUACUAUUGUUGAUUGUGAUAGAAUUCCUACGACUAUGAUUACUAAUGUUACUUCCUCUUCAUCAUUGUUGUCUACUUGUGCUUCUGGUCUGUCUGUGAAUUUAGAUGCCCCACAACUUAUUUCCUCUGCCUCUUUUCCUUGUUCAUCUUUUUCAUUGUCAUCAACAUCAUCCUCGAUAUCGUUUUCGUCCUCUUCUUCCUCCUCCACCUCUUCAUUCGUAUCUUCUACCUCGUCAUCAUUAUCUUCAGCAUGUACUGCACAAAAGCAACAUGUUUUUUACUAACCGUCUACUUAAUUCAGCCAAUAAUGACUAUUUGUCAUAAUUAUCUUAUACAUACGUUGUCCUGUACUGUAUUGUCUGUCCUCCACACAAUCACACAUACAUACACAUAAACGUAUGCAAAUCAUGAUAUACUGUAAGUGUUUCAGUCAACGUAGAGAGGUCAGUGUAUACUUGUUGAUUAUUUUUGAUGAAAACACUACCUGUACAAGUGAAAAAAGCAAUUUUUCUGUAUCUCAAUUAUCAUAGAUAUAACUGAGUCUAUCGACUUUUCUUUUUGUUCAAUUAGGCGCCAAUUUAUGAAUUGUAAUUUCUUGUAUAGUUCUCACUUUUAAUAUUUAUUUUUCUUGUUUUAAUAAUGCUAAUAAUAAUAAUAAUAAUAAUAAUAAUAAUAAUAAUAAAUAGAAUAUUAUUAAGACUGAUAAAUAUGUUAUACUGUCCGUCCUACUUUCUCCUCUUCUUCGUCUUCUCGUUUUUCUGUUACCACAUAUUCCUCUUAUUCUUAUGCGUUUUCCUCCCACUUCUUUUCUGAAAAAAUCCAUUUUCCAAGUUCUUUCCUGUUCCUUAUAAUUCCUUUAUUCUCUCUCUCUCUCUCCAGCUCUUGUUCUGAUUGAAGCACCGAAAAUGAGCUACUAAUAGUAUUACUACUACUAUUACCACUCUCAACAUUACUAUUAAUAUCGGUACUUGAUGGUGGCAGUAAUAGUAGUGGUCGCGAUUACCAUUACCACUACUACGUCUAGCAGUAGUACCAAUUACUAUAUUUUCAACCAGCAAACAUAUAUUUUGGUCUUUGUAGUAAGUUCGGCACAUUUUUGUACACCCCGGUCACUUUUAUUUGUAUCUGUAUAAGUGUGUAAGAAAGGUGUUUCUUUUACCGUUCUAUUCCUAUAUUACAGACACACAAACAAAUACGUAUGUAUACAUGUAUACAUGUAACAUAGAAAAAUCCAUAAGUACAUGAGCAUGUCUAAUUUAUUGUUUGUUUGUUUAUGGAUAUUCUUUCUUGUUUGUGUUUUUCCACACUCUCUCUUGAUUUACAGGCCUUUUCGUCACAGAUUCCAGGAGUAUGAUACUACUACUAAUAAUAAUACUAUUUAUGAUUACUAUCGUUAGUAUUGUUAUUAUUAUUGUUUAUUGCUAUAAUGAUUAUUACACAAUCAAGAUAGGAUUGAUUUAUUCUGUAGGUAAUUCUCUAUGUCUACCACACGUAUGUCAUAUUUCACAUAAAUGUAUUUCAUUCAUACACAUAAAACUGUUUGUUGUGUUUUAAUUGCCUUUAAUUACUGCGUGUAUUUGUAUAGAUUCAAACUUAUCCAGUGGUUUUAUGAAGUUGCUUUACACCAGAAAGCGUUUUUAAGGUAUCGAGUAUCAAAAUACAUUGUUGACUUAUUUUGUGUACAUAUACCUUAUAUAUAUAUAUA